AUGGCCUUCAUCACCAUCUCAGGCUACCCAUGCUCAGGCAAGAGCACAGUAGCACAGAAGGUUAAGGACGAUUUCGAGCGCAGGCUACAAGAUCCGGAGUACAAGGGACCAGCACUGCGAGUAGUCAUUGUGUCCGAUGAGAGCCUGAGCAUUCCGAGGAGCGCAUAUAAUGACAGCCGCUCGGAGAAGCCUGCGCGUGGCGCGCUUCUGACCGCUGUGCAACGGAAUAUGAACCAGGACACGAUCUUGAUUGUCGACGCGCCGAACUACAUCAAGGGCUUUCGGUACCAGAUGUACUGCGCGGCAAGGGAGGCGAAGUUGAGGGUGUGCACUCUCUAUACGGUGGCCACUGCAGAUGUGUGCCGAUCAAGGAAUGAAGCACGGCAAGAGGAGCAGCGCUACGCGCCUGAGACCCUCGAGAACAUGAUCGCCCGCUUCGAGGAGCCCUCGUCCAUGGUCCGCUGGGACUCGCCUCUGUUCACGAUUACCUGGACGGACGAGGAGCUGCCGAUGGAUAGGAUAUGGGACGCGGCGACGCAUGGGAAUGUGAAGCCACCGAAUGCGGGGACGCAGGCGGUCGUGAAAGCGCCAACGUCUGCGUUGCAAGCGCUGGAACAGACCACGACGGCGCUCGUGUCGGCGAUCUCAACACAUCCGAGCGUGGUGGACGGUCUUGGGGGAAAGAUCUCGCUCGCCAUACCAGGGUUGAGUGACAAAGUGGAAUUACGGCUGCCUCCUCGCACCGUAACGCUCCCCGAGCUGCAGCGGCUGAAGCGCCAAUUUGUUACCGUGCACAAGAAGGCGAUCACGCUGGGUACGACGGAGAAGGGCACGGUGGAUUGGAGCGAGGGCAGUAUUGCGCGGAAGUUUGCGGCGUAUGUGGAGGAGAACGUGAGGCCGUGA